AUUUUACAAAUCAAACAGGCAUUUUUCUCGCACAAACCAGAUUCUGGAGAACAUCGGACUUGAUCCCAGAUUCUGAGAUAGUAAUAUGGAAGGGGGUCAAAGUAGCUGGUCUAAUGAUCAAGUAGCAUCAAGUGAAACAAUUGUAUCAGGUGAACAAGACUUUGAUGAGGACGAGUUGAAAAUAUUGUUGGCAUGGUUGUGUAUUGCUUGGUUGCAUAGGUCCAUGCACAGGACAGAACGUAUUAGGGACAGCGUAUUGACAGGACCCCAAUGGGUUAGCGAGCUUCUUCAUGAACAUUCAGAUAGAGUAUACGAAGCAUUUAGAAUGGAAAGACAUGUUUUUCUUAACCUUUGUGGUUUGCUCAAGUCAAGAGGUUGGUUGGCAGGCAGUCGAUAUGUUAGGGUAGAUGAACAGGUUGCCAUGUUUUUAUUAAUGAUUUGUCACAAGAACUCCAACAGAGCUUUAUGUGAGAGAUUCCAAUGUUCAGGAGAGACUGUUAGCAAGUACUUUGCAGCGGUGUUGAAAGCUGUUUUGGAAUUGGCGAAGGAGAUUAUCGUACCUCCUUCAUUUGAUGUUGUCCCAGAAGAAAUUCAGAUUGAGCCAAAGUUUAAUCGUUACUUCAAGGGGUGCGUAGGUGCUAUUGAUGGCACCCAUAUUCAUGCUACCGUACCUGAACAUAUGCAACCACGAUUUAGAGCCAACGAUUGUCGGGUGUUGUCGGCUGCACUUGGCACACCUCACCUACAAUUUCCUCGACCGCCCGCAGGCAAGUACUACGUCGUCGAUUCUGGUUAUGCUUCAAGUCCAGGAUUUUUAACACCAUUUAAAGGCGAACGGUAUCAUAUACCAAAAUUUCGACGAAGUGGGGGACCAACAACAGCAAAGGAAUUGUUCAACCACAGGCAUUCUUCAUUAAGGAAUAUCAUUGAGAGAUCCUUUGCGGCUUUAAAGAAUCGUUUUUUUGUUUUGAGACAGAUGCCUCCAUUUAAAUUUGAAAAACAAACACAGAUUGUAAUUGCAUGCUAUGCGAUCCAUAACUACAUCAUUGAGCAAGAUAGGAUGGAUAAGUGUUUGUCCAUAUAUGGAGAUCCGGAUUAUGUGUGUGAACCUACUGAACAGGGUACAGACGAUGUAGCAACGAUCGAAGAGGGAACCGAGACGAACAAUAUUAGGAAACGUAUUGCCAAUAAAAUGGCUAGGGAUAAUCAUAUGCCGGAGAUUCCAUGAAGUUCGGUUUUCCACUAUUGUAUUGUACUUCCAUUAUUAUUAUUCAAGGAUUAUUUGCUUUUUUUGCCUUUUGUAAUAUAAUGUUGUAUUGUAGGAUUUGUAUUAUGUGUAAUUGAGGAUUUGGUACCAGGUCUUCUUGUAAUGACAUGUUAUUUUGGAAUUUCUGUUCUUUUUAUUUGAGGAUUUAAAAAAAUGUAC